UGUUGGUUUUUUGUUUUUUCUACAACUUACUCUCUUCUGCCAUGGCUCUCCCAUUUAGAUCGUUUCUUACCAUGCGAGACUGUUACUGUUUCUCGGGUCAGACCAAGUAUCUGCUUCACUAAACUAAACUAAAACUUAUCUAAACUAAACUAGUGGGAGAGACUUGGCGUAGAUUUGCGUCAGCACAGGUGUAUCUUUCCAUUGUACAGCGCACAGAGGCGAACUAUGGGUUUAGUGGAGGACGAUCGCUAAUUUUCUUUUUUGACUAUCUUUUACCUUUGCUUGACGGCGACAAAAUGCGUCUUGGCACCACGUUGGCAUUUAUUGUCGUGGUUUAUCUACUUCUGGAAAGCCCUCGGUUAACACAGCUUCACUGUCCAAAAGAUCUUCCAGAGUUUAACUUUACUUUAAAUGAAUCUUCGAAAUCUGUUACCAUCUAUGUGGAGCCGGGAAACCAUGUUUAUGUCAGAACAUGUUACAAAAGACUAAUUUCUUGCCAAGACGCUGCUCCUAAAGUAUUUAUUGAUUCAACUGUGUCUCAAUCAGCUGUUAUUACUGUUCCUUACUGGUUAUCUUGUCUUUGUGUUGAGGUUUAUAGCACCAACACUGACUGCCGGCGAAGUCUCAAGUGCCCUUCCACAGAUUCAGCUGUGCCAGAUGUUAAUGAUUUUUGGAGCACUAUGAAGGUUAAACUGGAAUCUGCAAACAGUUUAACAAUGAUAUCUCGGUGUCGUUCCUCUAAGACAGAAAUAUCUACUGCCCUCUGUUGGAAACAUGACGGCCACUGCACUGUUGUGUUUGACCUCUCUCUUGUGGAACAAGUACAUGAACUAAAACGAGAGUAUGAUAUUUCAGCAGUUGACAAGCACCCUCAAAUGUGUGUGCAGUGGUCAUUACAGGGCAGCCAGAAUAUUUCAUGCAGUUUUACAUCUGAAAUGUCUUCUUGGAUGGCUGAUUUUGAGCUAAAGAAGCAGGGUCUAUUUGUUUAUAUCAACUCCACUGUCGCUGCAAAAUUCUCUGUUCAGCUGUGUAAACUGAGUCAGACUACAUGUGAACCAACAGGACACAAUCAUUCACUAAAUACGGAACAAGGAAUAGCAACUUUUCAUCUAUCAGUAUUGUCAGCUGAGGAGAGGCCCUGUGUUCAGGUAUGGCAGUCAGAGCCAGCUCUUUAUGGGAGAAGAAUUAUGUGCCCUAACUAUUCACGGAGCAGAUAUGGUGUUUAUGUGGUGACUGCAAUAGUCUGUGUGCUCAUAGUGAUUGUGCUGAGCGUGUGCUUCCACAGUUUGACCAAAAAGGGUACUGCAGGUUGGCUUCACGUCCCAAGACCCAUACUUCUUGUAUGUUCAUCUGAAGACUCUGUCCAUAUAUCAGCAGUGUGUGCGUUGGCCUCCAUUUUACAAGGGGAGCUUGGUGCCACUGUACAUCUAGCUCUGUGGGCCCAGAGCGUACCCUCAGAGUGCGGGAUACGUGUGGCUGACGUUGGACCUCUGCCUUGGCUGUAUGGUCAAUGGGACACUGUUAUCGAAGCACAAGGAAUCAUACUCAUUAUGUGGAGUCUGGAGGCUAAGAGAGCUUACAAAAACUGGUGGAGUGAAAAGGAAAGUGUUAAAUGUUUACACCAAAAGGAUUACAUCUCUCAAAGACCUCACAACCUGGAAGAUUUUCCAAAAUAUAAAUUUAAAAGAAUAGAAAAACAUGCAACUCAGAGGCCUGAUGUGUUCGAGCCCUGCACAGUAAUUGCACCUGUAUUUAAAGCUGCACUUACCUGCCUGAUGGGGGCGCUGCAGGAAAAUAAAGCUCAGAAAGUGGCAUUUGUCUCUUUGCAUGGGCAGAAUAGCAGUAAGGACAUACCAAAGGCCUUUAGAGGAAUGCCACGUUUUUGCCUACCACAUCAGUUCAGUGGACUCAUACAGGAGCUUGGGGUGAAACCUAGACUGUCAGAAAACUCCAAGUUCCAUUGUUGGACAAGGCUUCUAUCCAAAGUGUUAUGUUUUUGGUUGGCAAAACAGCUGGCAAAGAGAUUAAAAGCAACUCUUCAGUAAGAUAAAAAAAAAAUAUAUAUAUAUAUAUACAGUCCCUGACAAAAGUCUUGUCGCUUAUCCAUUUUGUAGAAACAAAAGCUUAUAACCUGACUUUAAAUUAAUCGAUUGGUUUGAGAAAUGUCUCAUAUGAAAGCUAAAACCCUCCCAAAUUAUGCUCAAUAUACUAAAAUAAAUUUGCUUCACUGAAGAAAGAUUGAUCAUUUAAUGAACACAGAAAGGUCAGAUUUUGGCAAGACAAAAGUCUUGUCGCCUUGUCAUAUGAUGCACCCAAUCCUAGAUUACAGCCUCACCUGUGGUCAGUUACUGAUCAAUCAGUUAGUGGGUGUGUAUAAAAAGAAGCCCAGCACACCAGACCUUCACAUCAACUGCCACUUGACCUCUGACAACAUGCCUAAGAUCCACUCUGAGACCAAAGCAUUAAUUAUCAAGAAGCUGAAGACCAGAUCCACUGCUGAGGUGGCUGACACCUUCAAUGUGUCUCAGCAUCAAGUACAAAAAAUAAGAAAAAGAUCUGAAAUGACUGGAGAUGUUUUUGACAAGCCAAGGUCCGGCAGACCCCACAAGACAAAUGCUCGGGAGGACCGUUUGUUGAUUUGAAAAUCCAAGGCCAGCCCCUUUUCCACUGCAGCAGAGCUCCACCAGGCCUGGUCACCUGAAGUCCCUGUGUCAUCCAGAACAGUUUGUAGAAUUCUGUCUUGAAAUGGCCUCCAUGGUCGAAUCAGUGCACAGAAACCAGCACUAAACAAAAGGCAAUUAAAAAACGUGUGGCAUUUGCCAAGGCCCACAGCCUGAUAAAAGGAUGGACACUGGAAAAGUGGCAGAAGGUGGAUUUCUCAGAUGAAUCCUUGGUUGAAUUACAUCACAGCCGCUGCAAAUAUUGUAGGAGACCUACUGGAGCCCGCAUGGAUCCAAGAUUCACCCAGAAAACAGUUAAGUUUGGUGGCGGAAAAAUCAUGGUCUGGGGUUACAUCCAGUAUGGGGGUGUGCGAGACAUUUGCAGGGUGGAAGGCAAUAUCAAUAUCCUAAAAUAUCAAGUAUCAAGUAUUAGCUACCGCUUACAUUCCCAACCAUAAAAGGGGUCAAAUUUUGCAGCAGGACUUCUACUUCUAUCUCUACAUCAAAGUUUAUCAAGGCGAAGAAGAUCAAGGUGCUCCAGGACUGGCCAGCCCAGUCACCAGACAUGAACAUCAUUGAGCAUGUCUGGGGUAGAAUGAAAGAGGAAGCAUGAAAGGCAAAACCAAAGAAUCUUUAUGAACUCUGGGAGGCAUGUAAGAUGCUUUCUUUGCUAUUCCUGAUGACUUCAUCAACAAAUUGUAUGAAUCAUUGUGGAACCGCAUGGAUGCAGUCCUUCAAGCUCAUGGAAGUCAUACAAGAUAUUAAGUAUGGAUCUCACAGCACCACUACUUAAUUCACUGAUGUUAUGCAACAUAUUUUUGUAUUUGAAGUAAAUUAUUUGUUAAAUUUUCAGUAGGCGACAAAACUUUUGUCUUGCCAAAAUCUGACCUUUCUGUG